UGUCACAGUAAGAAGAUGGUGGUGUCCUCUGUGAUUCUCUGCAAGGGCUACACACCCUGGCAAGGACUCCUGCUCACAGCCUCCCUUUUAACCUGCUGGCAUCUGUCCACCACUGUCAAAAUCACCAUUGAGUCAGUGCCACCUCAAGUGAUUGAGGGAGAAAAUGUUCUUCUACGUGCCAGCAAUCUCCCAGAGAAUCUUCUAGCUUUUGCCUGGUUCAAAAGAGUGAAGAAAGCGAGGCGUGGAAUUGCACUAUAUGCACUGACUACUAAUCAAAGUGCGACAGGGCCUUGGUACAGUGGAAGAGAAACUUUGUAUAGCAAUGGAUCCCUGUUGAUCAAAAAUGUCACCCAGAAGGACAAAGGAUUAUAUACCCUACGAACAAUAAAUAGAAGUGGAAAAACUGUAUCUACAACGACCAUGUACCUCCGAGUGUACACUUCCCUUUUCACCUGUGGACGCCCUCACACAUCUGCCCUGCCCACAAUUGAAUUAGUGCCACCCAAAGUUGUUGAAGGGGGAAAUGUUCUUCUACUUGUUCACAAUCUUCCUGAGAAUCUCCAAGCUCUUUUCUGGUACAAAGGGGUGAUCGCAAUCAAGAAGUUUGAGAUUGCCCGACACAUAAGAGCCAUAGAUUCAUCUGUGCAGGGGCCUGCGCACAGUGGUAGAGAGGCGUUGUUCCGCAAUGGAUCCCUGCUGCUCUACAAUGUCAUCUGGAGAGACACUGGAUUCUACACCCUACAAACUCUGAGUACAGAUCUGAAAGCUGAAAUAGCACAUGUGCAACUGAAGGUGGACACCUCUCUUUCUACAUACUUUCUCACCUCUGCCCAAGUCACAGUCGAAUCAAAGCCUCAGUAUGCUGCUGAAGGGGAACAUGUUCUUCUCGUAGUUCAUAAUCUGCCAGAUGAUCUUCAAGCAUUUUUCUGGUACAAAUCUGUGUAUAGGACAGACAUCUUUAAAAUUGCAGAAUAUAGCAAAGCCAUAAAUUCCACCAUCUGGGGGCUUGCACAUAGCCAAAGAGAAACGGUGUACACCAAUGGAUCCAUGCUUCUCCAGGAUGUCACUGAGAAAGAUGCAGGAUUGUACAUGAUAGAAAUUUUAAACAGAGACAACAAAAUUGAAAAGGCCUAUGUACAACUCCAUGUGAAGAAGCCUGUAACACAGCCCUUCAUUCGAGUCUCUGACACGACAGUCACAACACAAAGCUCCGUGGUCCUCACUUGCUUCUCUGCUGACAUUGGAAUCUCCAUCCAUUGGAUCUUCAAUAACCAGAGUCUCCAGCUCACAGAGAGGAUGACUCUGUCCCCAACAAAGUGCCAGCUCACCAUAGAUCCUGUCAGGAAAGAGAAUGCUGGAGAGUAUCAGUGUGAGGUCUCCAACCUUGUCAGUUCAAAGACCAGUCUUCCAGUCAGGCUGGCUGUAAUGAAAUAAUGACUUUUCUCAUACUAUA